GUCGCCGAUCUACAUGAGAAGAUCUCUUGGGAAGAAUUGACAAGGCUAUGGAAGAAGCGGUUCAUCGUGGACGACGCCCCGAUGCUCGCCAUCAACCGCCUCUUCGCCAUGUCUCAAGGCAACACACCAACACGUCACUGGCUCACAGAAUGGCAAAAGAUCGUGGCCACGGCCGAUCUCGAGUUGCCAUUUUCGCAUCUGCGCCGGGAGUUAUACAAUCAGUCAUGUGCCGCUUUGAGCCUUGCACUUGGUGAUCACGAGCAAUACACAACCUUCGCCGAAAUCAUCGACAAGGCAAGGGAGAUCAUCAAGACCAACAGGGCGGCUGCACACGAGAAGUCAGCAUGGCAGCCAACCUAUGUGGAGAAAGGAAAAUUUGGUCCGCGUCCGCAGCAUGUUGCUGCAGUCCAACCGGACAACAUUGUGGAAGACUCGGCAGCCACCCAAGCAUCACGUGAGGGAGAUCAGGUGGCCGCCGUCCAGCCGCGAAGCAACAACUCCCGUAACAAAGGGAAGGCGAAAACAGCAUCGCCGACAGGAAAUGGACAGCCAGCACCAUGGGAUUACUUGCACGCUGCAGUACCAGCUCCGUUGAUGGACGCCGGAGUAGAGGUUGUUAACCUUCGCGACUACCUUGGGAAGAUUGAUCGCGAGUUAAAGACACAACGCUCUUUGCCAUACGGUGCUCCCGUUCUCUUCGUCCGAAAGAAGAACAAGGAUUUGCAGUUGUGCAUCGAUUAUCACAAGCUCAACCCGCAAACCAUCAAGAACGCCGGCCCUCUUUCGCGCAUCGACGACCUCCUCGACCGGCUCGGCGGCGCCAAGUUUUUCUCCAAGCUUGACCUCAAAUCGGGAUAUCACCAACUCGAGAUCCGGCAGGAGGACCGCUACAAGACCGCGUUUAAGACGCGAUAUGGGCAUUUUGAAUGGCUGGUUAUGCCUUUUGGCCUUACGAAUGCCCCAACCACAUUCCAAGCGGCCAUGACAACGGAGCUCCGACACAUGCUGGAUAGAUUCGUAGUCAUCUGCCUCGACAAUAUCUUGGUGUAUAGUCGGAGUUUGGACGAGCAUGUGGAGCACCUGCGCACCGUUUUGGAGCGGCUACGACAAGCCAAGUACAAAGUCAACCGCGACAAAUGCGAAUUUGGACGACAAGAGUUGGAGUACUUGGGGCAUUAUGUGAUGCCGCAAGGCAACCGUCCGCUCGCGGACAAGAUUGAGGCCAUCCGCGUAUGGCCCGAGCCGACCAACACCAUGGACGUUCGCUCAUUCAUGGGGUUGGCGGGGUACUAUCAACGCUUCAUCACCGGGUACUCAAGGAUUGCCGCACCUAUGACGAGAUUACAAUCGCCAAAGGCGCCAUUCGUAUUCGAUGACGACGCCCGCCGGUCAUCCAUGCUCAUGGCACCCGUUCUUAGCAUCUAUGACCCCACCCUGCCAACGAGAGUGACAACUGACGCUUCUGGCUAUGGCAUUGGGGCAGUCUUGGAACAACACGACGGCGACGACUGGCACCUCGUGGAGUAUUUCAGCCACAAAGUGCCUCCCAUGAAUUCACUUGAUGAUGCAAGGAAGAAGGAGCUGCUUGCAUUCGUGAUGGCUCUCAAGCGAUGGCGGCACUUCCUCCUUGGGCGUCGUAGGUUCACAUGGGUCACGGACAACAACCCGUUGACCUACCACAAGACGCAGGUUACGGUGAGCAGCACGAUCGGACGAUGGAUGCACUUCAUCGACCAAUUUGACUUCACACUGAAACAUCUCGCCGGCCUCUCCAAUCGCGCAACAGAUGCACUCUCGCGAAGACCCGAUCUUCGCGCUAUGACACAUCAUGCCUUCGCGUUCGACGAGGAACUCCAGCGACAUUUCAUUAGGGGCUAUGAGUCCGAUCCGGAUUUCGCCACAUUGUAUGUGCAACUAUCUUCGGAUCACCCGCCGGCCAGCCACUAUCGCAUCGUCGACGGGUACUUGCUCCUCCACUCGCAAGGCAAGGACUUAUUGUCCGACAUAGAUGCCGCUUGCUCUCCCGCUUCCAUCCGGAAGUACAGGGAAUUGCUGGCUCAAGCCCGCGCGAACAUGCAAAAGGCUCAAGUCCGCAUGCAGCAGCAUGCCAAUAGGCGUCGCGUGCCAUGUCCCAUCCGCUCCGGUGAUCUGGUUUGGGUCUCCGCGGAAGAGUUUGCACUCGAGCAGGAUGUUUCGUGCAAACUACUCCCCAAGUGGUUUGGACCAUGGGCCGUAACAUCAGCCGCGGGCGAUGAGCCCGAUGGCCCCUCAUUUGUGAUCAACAUCCCCCCGCAUCUGACGGUCCAUCUAGUCUUUCACGCCUCAAAGCUGGCAACAUAUACACCAGCUAAGAGCGACGACUUCCUGGGCCGACGAUCGCAAGACCCUCCAUCUAUGGAUGGUCAUCAGGAAGUUGACCGCGUCAUCACGGAUCACAAGUACGGCAGCAAGCCUCGACAGUACAAAGUUACCUUCAAAGCAUGUGAUCCCGACGACACUCAAUGGAUUUCAGGAGCAGAUUUGAAAGUGGGCGAGACAUUGGGGUCUGCUGUAGUCUGGGCAGAUGCAGCGGCAGCAGCUGCAGAGGAUGCUGCAGCUGCUGCUGCAGCUGCUGCUGGAGGAGCAGUUGUCAGAAAUCUCAAAGAUGGCAGGCCUGCUGCAACCCAAGAUUUGCUGUUGUUUGUUAUUGCAGCUGCAAUCCGGAAACGUCGGAGAGAGAUUAUUGAACGAUGCAGGGGCAUGGACGAGGUGCUCAAGGUGUGCAAUUCUCUGACAGGAACGCUGAACAUUUGGAAUAUCUUGGAUGAUGCACGAGAUCUUGUUCGUAUGGUGGGAAACAGCGUAUGAUUAUCUCCGGCCCACCUGCAAUCUCAAAUUCUGUUGAAGGUAUCCCGUCUCUUUUUCGGUUAGCGAGGCACAUUCUGUACUUCUUUUCCCAAAUUCCUCAAACGUUUAGCUGAGCGUAACAGGUAUGGAUGUCUGUGGUGUAGUUUUCUGCGCAGGCUUGUUGACUAUUUUCAUUUCCUCUUUAUGGAGCUAUCUGUGUCAUGCUGUUGGGAGAGAGUCUGCCACUGGCGCGCUUAGCACUAUAUAGAGGUGGAAGGUGGCUGCAAUGACAUUUUUUUUGUGUGGACGGAUAUGCAGCAGCAAAGAAUAACUGUCUGCAUUCCAGGCUUCCGUUGAAGAACACACUCUCCUCCUUGCCUGCCACUAUUUUGAUGCAAUCAGUGACAUUGCAGAAGGAAAUGGAGAAGAUAAUGGACAAAAUAGCGAAGAUACACAAUGAAUCAGCGGAUUGUGUAUCCAUCCAUUUGUUCUAUGCUUUGAGCAGGCUCAUGGGCACGUGGUUUGUUCAUGGGAGAGCUCACUUUGUGCUUUGAUUUGUAAGCUUGCACUUCUAUCUACCUCCUGUAAGAGCAUAAUGGCGAUGGGAAUUUCCCUCAAGCAUCUUUUUCAGGAUUUCAGCCUCUGUAUAUAUACACCCCCUCUCCUCCCUGGAGGCUGAGCGGGCAAAAUUCCUUUGCAGGCUCGAUCACUUACUGCUUCCUGCUACCCUUCAGUUAGGCAUUCCACAGUAGUCUCUAGCUGCUUGUCCUGCCAACAACAUGAUGGCACAAAGAUAAACAAUGUCGUAAAUAGCUGAGCAGAAAGUGACCAUAGAUCCUGACGAAUCUGAAGUGGAUUGAGAGAGGCUGAACUGAGGCAUAUACAUGUAUAUAUGCAUAUGCAUGUCUAUGCACAUUUAUGAGUAAGGGUAAAUGGUCCAUUAAUGAUGACAUGCUUUGGAAUGUCGUGGUGGCAAUUAGGUGAAAAAGGAACCCUAUACUACUAAAUGAAGCUGUGAAGGUGUGCCUUUCAUGUUGGAAGGAGUAUCCUGCUGAAGUAUGAUUUCUCCAUGGUUUUUAAAACACGGUGUGGCAAGCAAGUCCUGUGUUAACUGUGUUAGCUCUGUUGGUAUUCUGCACCGCAGCAUCUGCCCACGCUCAGAGCUGAUGUGGCACUGUCAUUAAAGUUUAAAAAGUGAGGAGAUUUAAGAAGUCCUGAGUGAGGACAUCUUUUGUCUUGGGAAAGGGGAACAAAAUGUCAGUUUCUUC